CACGCGACUCAUCUGGAGACACACGACUCACUUGAACAAACCUUUCUACUACGGAACACCUCGCAUAUCAACUUUUAGUACAUACUGAAAGCCUGAGAGAAUACAUAACAGUGCUCUGUGGGUUCAGUAGGCUCUGAUAUAGACACAGAGCUGUUGACCAACAGCGCCGAGAAUAUGGUGACCAGCACAUUGGAGCUCCAAAUGGACAUCAACCCUGCCACUGUGGAUGCCCUCGACAGCAAGAAAAAAAAAUCUGCGCGCAGAAAAAUGUUUAUUUUGAAUGAACUCAUUCAAACGGAAAAGGCCUACAUUCGACACCUACGGGAAUGCAUUGACAUUUACAUGGGGGAGAUGUUGACAAAGGAGGAAGAGAUCCCUCCAGGAAUUGCCAAUGUGGAGCAUGUCAUCUUUGGGAACAUUAUGUACCUGUAUGAAUUCCAUCACAGCAUCUUUCUCAAAGAGCUGGAAAAAUACGAAGACGUCCCCGAAGAUAUCGGAAAGUGCUUUGUCACAUGGGCUGAUAAAUUCCAGGCGGCACGGUGGCUGAGUGGUUAGCACAUCCGCCUCACAGUUCUGAGAUCAAGGGUUCAAUCCCGGGCUUCGGCCUUCCUGCGUGGAGUUUGCAUAUUCUGCCCGUGCCUGCGUGGGUUUCCUCCCACAUCCCAAAAAACAUGCAUGGUAGGCUGAUUGAACACUCUAAAUUGUCUGUAGGUAUGAGUGUGUGCGUGAAGUGUUGUAUGUCUCCUUGUGCCCUGCGAUUGGCUGGCAACCAGUUCAGGGUGUCCCCUGCUUACUGCCCGUAGUCAGCUGGGAUAGGCUCUAGCACCUCCGCGACCCUCGUUAGGAAAAAGCGGCAUGGAAAAUGAAUGAAUGAAUGAUAAAUUCCAGCUAUACAUGCAUAUACUGCAUGAACAACGAAGAAUCCACUCGGCUCAUCAUGGAGCAUGCUGUGAACUAU